AUGCCGCCGCCGCGGGUGGAGCUGCGCGGGCGGCUCCGGUACCGGGGCUGCGGACCGGGCCCCCGGCUCAGCCUCCUGCACGUGCGGCUCUCGGCGGCGGCGGCGCGGGCGCUGCGCGGCUGCGGGCGGCGGCAGUGCCUGACGGUGCCGGGAGGCCCCGGGACCCCGCCACGGCUCUUCGCCUUCUCCCUCUCCCGCUGCAGCCAGGACGAACCAGCGGCCAGCUUCGAGUGCGUGCGGCUGGCCGUGCCCCGGCUAGGUCAGGGCUGGCUGGACAGCCUGGGCAGCAUCCAGGAGAAAAUCACAGUCUGUGCCUGGGAGAGCAGCUGCCCACCGCUGCGGGAGCCUGCGUCCCUGGCGAAGGAGCCCCGCGGCAGAGCAGUUGUUGAGCCCGAUCCAGCUGUGCUUGGCUACGGCAAAGGCAUCACGGCUCCCGAGAAGGCUGGCGUGACCGGCCUGCCGGGGAAGGGCUCUGUCUGCCAUGUCCCCAACAGCAGGAACCACAGGCCUGCAACAGCCAGCCCCAGGGCUUCUCUUCAAAGCCUGGUUCAGCCGCGGGCCCUGCGGCCCCGUCGCAAGCACAAGCUCCUGCAGCGGCCGGAGGCGAUGCCAGCAGGCAGGCCCGGCAGGGCACGGCUGCUGGCGGCACUGGAGGAGGUGCGGGUGCCGGCUGCAGCACCUUCUCAGGUGUGGGAGCACUGCAGCAUGCCCACCCUGCUGCGCUCCCCCCAGGUCACGGAGCUAGAUCCCACUGCCUGCUGCUGCCGCCUGAAGAGGACCCUGGCCGCCCGGGCGCGGGAGGACUGGCCAGGGAACACGGCCCAGGAGCAGCAGCAGGCUGCCCUGCUGCAGCACAGGAGCCCGGACCGCAGACCCUCGGCCCCGUCCUUCCUCGUGCCUCUGCAGCAGCCUCCGGAGCACAGCUCCCCUCAGCCCACCAGCAGAAACCUUCUGGAGGUGAAGUCCCUGGCACUGCUGGAUUUCUCAGAUCUGAGAGCCAGCAAGAGGUCCCGGGCCCCAGUGUCCAGCCCUGGCUCGCGAGAGUGGCACCGGAGCUGCCCACAGACGCUCAGCACGCAGCACCCGGGAGCACGGGGCGAGCAGCAAGCUGGGCCUCUGCCCCCCAGCAGCCAUGCUGGGGAGCUGGAGAGCCCAGAGAGCGAGGAGGAGGCAGACGAUGACCGGGAGGAGAGUGCCCCAUGCCCGGGGCAGCACCUCUCUGCCCCCAGAGAUGCCAAGUCCCAGGCGAGCAGCUCCUCCUUAGCAGACAUCCCGGAUUACUUGCGGAAAUACCAUACCAUCUGCUCAGCGGAGCAGCGCAGAGCUUACGAGGCAGCGUUUAGUGCAGACUACACAGAGUACCGCAAUCUGCACGCUCGUGUUGGUAACGUGAGCCAGAAGUUCAUUCAACUGGGAGCCAAAAUGAGGACGUUGAAACAAGGAACGGAGGAACGCAAGGCACUUGAAGCUAUAAUUGUGCAUGAGUACAGCCACUUCAAGAAGACUUAUCCUAGCUACCAGCAGGAGAAGAAUCGCUGUGAAUACCUCCACCAGAAGCUGUCUCACAUCAAAAGCCUGAUUCUACAGUUUGAAGGAAGCGGGAGCUCCUAG